UAUUUGGUGUUGAUAACCUGGAAACAGGUACACACAGUUAAAAUUCUUGUUUUAAUUUAGCAAAAAUCGCAUUCAUGGUUGUCUUUGGAAAGAUUAAGGACUGAUAUUUUGGAUUAAUUCAAGGUAAUCCCUAAAAAAAUAAAAGUGCUUGUGUGAAUAUGCACGUCUGCAUGUAUUAGACACUUUUUUUUUUUCACUGUUUACAAGUAGGUACACAGACUCAUAGUUGAGACGAGGUGUCAGGUUAACAGCCAGAGAGGCUUAUUUAUAGCUGAGGAUCCACCUUAACGUCACACAAACGCAUGCACUCUCCCCCUUUUUAUUCACACUCAUGACCCAAACCUCUCCCUUCAAACACACCAUGAUUCAUUAUUACCACCCCUCUAUACUGAAGAGACUGGGUUAACUUUGAGAAACAGGGGGAAAAUAUUGUCCUCUGGAUAUUUGAUCAAUGAAAGGCUGUAACUAACGAUUAUUCUCACAAUCGAUUAAUCUACCAAUUAUAUUGCGAAUAAUCAAUUAAUAGCAUAGUCUGUGACACAUUAAAAAAAUUGUCCAAAAAUUUAGGUAAGCCGAAGGUGACAUCUUCAGAUGUCAUGUUAUGUUUUACCAAAAGUCCAAAAACCCCCAAACCUCCCAAUUAUUCAGUUUACAAUGAUAAAUGACAAAGGCAAGCAGGAAAUCUUCUCUCUUGAGAGGCUGAAAUGUGCAAAUAUAUAGCAUUUUUACACUAUUUAGUUGAUCAACAGAAAAACAAUCAGCAACUAUUUUGAUAAUUGAUUCAUUGUUUCAGUUAAUUUUUGUGAAAAAUCAUUUGAGCUCUAGAUAAGUGUGAUAGUGACUGUUUUGGAUAAGACAUUGAGUGUUGAAUUCAUGCAGAAUGAGUACAGCCGGGUACAAAUUAUAAAACCUAGACUGAGACAUACAAAUCUAUCUUUUACUACCUUCAUAUUUGAAGUUUUUAAGACUUAAAUUCAGUUGAAUGCAGGGUAAUUCUACUGUGAUUUUAAGACCUUGAUUAAAGACACAUUAGCAAGGCACUUUACAUUAACAUUAUUGAAAAUACUGUAGCUACCCUAAAGUAUUAUACACCGUUCUUUGUCUUUAGCUGGUUCAGUUGGUAAGGCCGUUGAACAAUCUCCUCGUUUCUCCGGAUUAACCUCUGUUUUAGCCGAUUCUGAUGAUUUAAUAUCGACCUCUUCUGAUUCAGUUUGUUUUGUAGCUGUUUCACGUCUUUCCUCUUCUUCUACUGUUUUAGUAUCUUUCUCCUCAGCUGCAGCUGAUUUUGUGUCUCUGACUGUUAUUUCAUUGCUUUCUUUUACACUUUCAGUGUGUGGGCACUCUUUUUCCUUUGCAGCCGAUGCAUUCUCUGAUAUAGAAACUAUGGAGGACUGCAUCGUCUCCUCUCCAUCUCCAUCUCCUUCGUCGGCAGUCUCCACUGGUGAUGCCGUCUCUUUCUCCUCCUCCCUCUGCUCCUUUCCACCAGCCUCUUCUUUUUCCUGUAAAAUGACGUCCACUGGAGUCAGAGGUGUUAGGUCCAGACAUACCUUAGGAGAGGAUGUUGCCUUCUUCCUGGGACGGGCAACUGGCUUUUGCAUUUCCAAAUCUUGUUUCCACAAUUUCUGAUCUGAAUGCACGCUGAUAUCUUUCUCGUCCAGGGUUGCUGGAUGAUAAUCUGUACUUCCCCAGUCCGAUUCCUCUGAAGGAAACUCGAAACUUGAGAUACUGAUUGAAUCUACUGGGAUUUGAGCAACUUUUUCUACCAUUAUGGAGGCACUUUUGAUUGUCUUACUCUUAGUCUUACUCUUUGUCACAGAUUGCGUUUCAUUCUCUUCUGGUGAUCGAGGGAAAGGCUCCACAUCACAUGGAGAAGAAUUGGCACUGGACCUGAAAAAGUCAGUGAUUUCCUCCUCUAUGUUUGGCACCUCACCUUUUUCGGGCUUGGUCAGAAAAUCAAAAUCAUACAAAUCUUGAGAUAAUAUCCGAGGACCUUCCUCUGGGCCUUUUUCUUUAUGAGUUGGUUCCACCUCCACCACAGGAGUCUCAUCUAUCAGGACAUAUUUCUCUAAAUAUCCCCUGGCCUCCUGGUCUGAAUACCUGCUAUGGAAGGACUUCUCAGAGGUCAUACUUUCUGUAUCCUCUUCUUUCUGUUGACUGCCAAUUGCUUCCUCAUACAGGUCGGUGUAAAGGAAGGCCAUGGCUUUGGGCUCCUCCAGCAAAAUGGGGUCGAUAAUUUUGGGAGGUCCCUCAGGUAGAAAGAUUGGAGUCAGGAUGUCCUCUUGGCUUCCAAAUAAAGUAGAACCGCUUGGUUUUGAAGGGAGCCUCGGGGGCGCACCCUCAGCCACUCCAUUGCUGACAUCUCUUUCUAGACUUUUCAUGAGGUAGUUGUCUGUACCACCGUAGAAGACUUCAUCUAAAAGCUCGCUACUGAUUUCCCCUAGACUGGCUGUGUCUGACCUGUCAUUAUCCACAAUUGUUAUAGUGGUGUUGUCUUUAGACUGCACUAGAUUCUCAGUGUCUGCCUCUGGUUCCACUUGUCCCUGUGCGAUCACAGCAGGACUUCCUGGAGCCCGGGCAUCAAUCAAGGUGAAUGCCUCAAAGUAGUCCACAUUUCCAGCAGCUCCUCUGUCUGGAGGUCUGGGCACUGGAGCCCCUGGUGGAUCCAUUACAUGUCGACCUAUGGGAACUGACGGCUUUAUACGUUCACCUCCUGCUGCAACUGACCCUACUGGAGUGUUUGUUGAGAUCAACAGCUCGUUAUCAUUGGUCUCCUCGCUUGCUUUAGGAACAGGGCUCUCCUCCAGAUAAAAUAAGUUGUCCACCAUUUCUUUACUCUCCUCUUCAUCCACAGUAGCCAGUUUAGGAGGAACAAUAAUAUUGAGGAUUUCAGAGCCUUCAGACACUAAGCUGAAUAGCUGUUGCUCUUUAUCUAUCAGAGACUCAGGUGGUUCUUCUUCGGCUCCUCGUCCUUUGGUUUUCACAUUUGGCUCUGAGACUCCCACUAAUUCCAGCCUUUCUGAGAUGUUCUCAGAGCUUUCUACGAGGACUUCUUUAUGUCUCUUCUGUCCGCUUACUCUUUCUUUAGUUUUCUUUCGUCUUGAAAUGAGCUCCUCAUCCAUGACAAAUAUUAUCUUUCCUGCUGGAACAGACACAGGUUUUGAAAGCUGUACUACAAUCGCAGAGCUUAGAUCCGCCGUUGGAUUCCCUGCUUCGGAUGCCCAUGGUGUGUUGCAGCGACUAGGGGUCGUCUCCCACGCGAUCCCGCUGUCCUCGCCUUGCAUAGUUACCAUGGAGAAAGAGGAGUCCAUCAUCAGGCACUGCAUCUUAGGCCGGACGUUGUCAUCAUGGACAGCCUCACGUAAACUGAAGCUUGGCUGCGUACCGGAUGUGAUGAAACACUUUCUGGCCGGUGACGUCAAAACCUCAGCCGGCAACGUGAUGACGUCGUUAUUUCAACGAUCCCCUCGGGGAGGUGGAGGACGGAGCUGAUGAAUGGGCUGAGAGGGGCUGACAGGGACCAGACCGGCUGGGGAAGAUGAGAGGAUGAGCCGGCCGAUGGAGCCUCAGCAUCCUCACCGCAUUCUGACAUCGCCUGAAUCCGAAUUUAGGCUACGCUACCAGUGAGAGACAAGGCGAGAAGCCGGCGUACAUUUUGCCCGUAAACCCUCGGUAAAUAAUCCUGUGGAGGAUGUGAUGCCGAAGCCCGGAGCAUGCAUCAACUGUUUCUGCAUUUUCUCCAGAAACAGGAGAGAUGAAUCCCUCUUUUGAACGAAGAUGUCCGCUUUAAAGGACUUAUUUACGGCUGUAAAACUCGCUAAUCUUGGACGGUCUUGGUUGGCACAGCCGACGGCGAGAAGGAGCCAGCGACUGAAACUGGGAUUUAUGAACUGUCGGUUUAUUGAGAUUGAAGGGUGAAUGUUAACAUUUUUUUUCUUUUUCGGUUGAGGAUGAAUAUCGCUACAUUUACCAUCUUUAUCCCGUCAGAUUUCCCAGCUCGCAUCAGCAGCAGUUAACGGACGGCAGGUUAACGACGAAUUAAUAACGUUAAAGCUAUCUCUGUUUUGCCUCUUUCGACAUUUUAAGUUCGUUUUUUUGGGUUUUUUUUUAACGGCAGCUUCACCAAUCCGAGUUUAAUUUAGGUAUAAUUCACACUGCCUGUCCUGUCAGUCGGAGUUUAGCUCGUUAAUCCUCGCUUGGGCAUAGCUGAGGAGUUUUAUUUUGCUAGCUAACGGUAGCAACUACUGCCACUGCCGGAGAGCUGCCGUGUGUUCUCGGUCAUCAUGCAUGCACCGACACGUUUGCUCGGAUGAAACCAAGCCAACACCCCCACCAAAAUGUACCCAAGGGCAUAACAACAACAACGACAAGCCAUGUCGGACUGAAAACGGCACCGUGGCUCCGCCGGCCGUGAAGUCACAGCAGCAACCAGAGCGGUUUAUUACUAGUCGUGGAGAGAGGGGAUCAAGAAGCUGAAGCUAGCCUCCAGUCUGUUCACACCGCCCUCGAGAGACCACCGAGAGGAGCAUUUUCGACCCAAUAUACCACUAAAUCCAGCAAAAAUGGGCGAGCAGCCCAUCUUCAGCACGCGGGCCCACGUCUUCCAGAUCGACCCAACCACCAAGAAGAAUUGGGUUCCCACAAGUAAACAUGCUGUCACAGUCUCCUACUUCUUUGACAGUACCAGGAAUGUAUAUCGAAUCAUCAGUCUGGAUGGAUCUAAGGCCAUUAUCAAUAGCACCAUCACCCCCAACAUGACAUUCACCAAGACAUCACAGAAGUUUGGCCAGUGGGCCGACAGCCGGGCGAACACCGUCUAUGGCCUCGGCUUCUCAUCUGAGAGCCACCUGGUCAAGUUUGCAGAUAAGUUUGCUGAGUUCAAGGAGGCAGCACGGUUAGCAAAGGAGAAGUCUCAGGAGAAGAUGGAGCUCACCAGCACUCCCUCACAGGGUGGCGCUGUAAAAAGGAAUGUGUUGUCAGUCAACAAACCUGGUAAAAAGAAGGAGUCAGCCCCGGGUGAUCUUCAGUCACCUUUGACCUCAGAGAGCAUCAACGGUACGGACGAUGAGAGAGUCACACCGGACACGCCUCAACACACUGAAGCCAGAGCAGAGCCUUCCCAGAAUGCACUGCCCUUCUCACACAGUUCAACCAGCAUCAAUAAGCACUGGGAGGCGGAGCUGGCAGCACUUAAGGGGAACAACGCCAAAUUGACAGCAGCUCUGCUCGAGUCCACAGCCAACGUCAAACAGUGGAAACAACAGCUGGCGGCCUAUCAGGAGGAAGCAGAGAGGCUACACAAGCGGGUGACGGAGCUGGAGUGUGUGAGCAGUCAAACUACGGUGAUCAAAUCCCAAAAGACAGAACUUAACCAAACAAUAGAAGAGCUGGAGCAGGCUUUGAAGGCCAAAGAGGAGGAGUUAGAGAGACUUAAAGCAGAGGUGGAGAGUGCCAAUGAGUUUCAGACUCAAAAAGACUCCCUUACACAGAAGCUACAGGACACGGAGUCGCGGAACCAGACGUUGGAGGCCCAGCUGAGCGAUCUGGAGCAGCGUCUGGAGAGCAGCCAGCUGGAGAGAGAAGCCUUUCGCAAGAGCCUGCGCUCCCUCCUGGAGCUGCUGGACAGCAAGAUCUUCGAGCUGACCGAGCUGCGGGACACGCUGACCAAGCUCGUCGAGGGUAGCUAGAGAGAAAAACACAGCAACACCAACACCAACACAGCAGCCAGUGCUCAGAGAGCCACUCUAAAGAAGAACUCACCUGCAUGUUGGCCCUCACAUUAUCACCAACAUGUAAAAAAAAACUUGAAUCCCCCCCACAUGUAUACGAUACGUGUAAAAGAGUAUGUUUACACACAACUUUAUGCAUCAACGGUACACACAUUUUGCUACGUCCACAUCGUUUACAAACAGCCAAGUGAAGAGGGCUUUGCUUGGGCCAUGCCUUCCCUCCGCUGUCACGACACAGAAACUCCGAAGGAACCUGUUUUAAAAUUAUUUUUUUUUUGUCUCUUGAAUAUCACUCUGUUGGAGUGAACGUUAAAUUUUCUUUUUGCUUUUUGCUCCUUCGUUUAUUAAGACUUUUUGAGCUUCGCUUUGGUGCUUCGCUUUUGUAGUCACCUGGAGCCUGUGAUUGUUCCCCACCUCCUUUUUUUCUCCUCCUCACUUUUCUCAGCCACUAAUGGUCAUCGUCAGCCAAAUGAACACUUAUGAUGAGAAGGACUCGAGCUUUUCUUACACUCUGAGAUUGACAGUGUUUUUUUUUUUUUUGUUAUUUGAACUCCGGAGGGUCAAAUGUGAUGAAGAGGUGACUACCGAUGUUCCUCCUGUGACUGAAAUCCACCGUAGGACUGCCAAAAAAGGGCCGAGGAGGACAAUAGUAUGUCUUAUAUUCUUAUACAAUAUAUGAGCAAUACAAAAAGGGAGCAUCAGAGGGUAAAUAAACACUUUCCACUCUCACCUUCAGGUAAUUUUACUCCUAACUCUUGGAUAGAUCACAAGCGAGACGGGAUUUUAUUCAAUAGUCUUUCUUUCUAUAUACUUUUUUAAAAGAAUACUACUAUAACAAAUUCAUAGUGCACUUGUAAAAAUGGAGUCUGUGUGUGUGUGGGUGACUCAGAUGAUCUUCUUUUCUUUCCCUUACUGUUUCUGUUGCGACUUGAAGUGCAAUGAUUGAAUCCUUUACUAUUAUUAUUAUUAUUAUUAUUAUUUUGUUAACUUAUUACUAAAAUAACUGAAGAUUAAUUAUGAUGAAAGUUGUACAAAAGCAAAGAUCUUUAUUUACUUCUCGUUUUCACUUAAUCUUUUUAACUGUCUGGUACGUGGGUGUCGAGGUAGUUUUGUUUUUGGAAAAACUGGCAAUAUUUUUGGACUAUUUAUCAAAGGAAAUGGAAAAUUAUAGCAGGUUUGAAGGUUGGAUUUGCAAAGAAUCUUUUUUCUUUUUUUUUUUCUUUUUUCUUUUGCCAAAUGUUUUCCUGUACAGAUUUGAAUAUUUGCUGAUGUUGCCUUUGGUACAAAGAUGCAUCAACGGUAGCUAACUAGCGGUACUUUUUUUUUUAUUUUUUUUGUGGGAUUUAUUAUUGCCAAAAAUUCAGCGACGUUAAGAGGAAUAGAGUACGUACACCUGCAGAACACUAUUAAAGGGCUUGUUGUUGGUUCGGGUACAUUUGGGAGACUUGAAUGAUUUUAGCAGAACAUUACAGCUUGAAAGGGAAAAAAAAAACAUUUGAAUAAGACUUUUAAAUGUUGAUUAUACCACAUGCUUAAAGACACAAAUUGUAAUUUUGAGUUUAUAG